UUUCAUUCCCCCUGUUCAAUCGCCUUCUUCCUUUGAAAGUGCUGGCCAGCUUGAGUCCCCACCCACCUGCCCACGAAGCCGGCCUGCUGCUCUACCUGUUCAUUCUCAUCGUCAUCAUGGAUGUCGGCAUCCUCACACCAAGGAGGUGGUGGAGUUACAUGUGGUUAUGCACUGCGAAGGGUGUGCAGGAAGUGUAAGAAAAACUCUAAGGAAAAUUCCAGGUACCCUGUCUUACACAGUAGACUUCGAAACACAGAGAGCAGUGGUAACGGGAAAUGUAGAUCCCGUGGACGUGCUGCGCCGCGUUCGCAAGUCUGGGAAGCUGGCAAACCUGAUUCGCAAACCCCCGCCUCCUCCUGCUCCAGAGCCAGAGCCACCUAAGGAGGAGCCCAAGCCAGAAGAAAAGAAGGAAGAACCUAAGAAAGAGGAGCCAAAGAAAGAAGAACCUAAGCCAGAGGAGAAGAAGGAAGAACCCAAACCCGAAGAGAAGAAAGAAGAAUCCAAGAAAGAGGAACCUAAGCCAGAGGAGACAAAGGAGGAAAAAAAGGAGGAGGAGAAGAAAGAAGAAAAAAAAGAGGAGAAGAAGGAAGAAAAGGAGGGAGAGAAGAAGGAAGAAGAGAAGAAGGAAGGAAAGAAGGAAGAAAAAGAGGGAGAGAAGGAGGAAGGCAAAGCAGAGGAGAAGAAAGAGGAGCCAAAAACAGAUGAAAAGGCGGAGGAGAAGAAGGGAGAACCCAAACCUGAAGAGCCGAAGAAGGAAGAACCCAAACCAGAGCCACCGAAACCCAAGCCAUGGGCACCAGACUUCAUUCAGGCCCCCUUCUACACCCUCGCUUACCCGCAUUACUAUCGAUGAUUCAGGCACCGACUAUGAGGACGUUUUGUCGGCAGAAGUAACGUCGAGUACCUGGAGCGUUUAGAACAGUCCAUUAUGCUUACAUGUCUAGUUUUGUGUGAAUGAGGUGCUUUUUGAACUUCCCAGAGUACAAAUGAGGAGUCCCUAGAUCCAUUAAUUAGAGCUCGUGGUCCUGCUUCAGUGGAAGUUAUGAUGACCACGGUUUUGAUUAUUGUAUGAUUUUACUGCCGUUCUCUCGUUGCUAGCAUACGGACUUCACUGGGACCACCAGUCUGAGUUAUAAAUAUCUCUGCUUGUUCAA